CGGCCACGGACGUGACGCGCGGGAACAGGCCGGGGCCGCGGGCACCGCGGGCACCAGGCCCGGGCGAGUCGGGUCCCUCUCCCGGGGAGGCCGCGCGGGCCCCCCGGCCCCUGGCGGCGGCGUCCGCCCCUGCCCCGGAGGAGGCGGGGGGCGGGCUGCGGCGGCCCGGGCCCCCGGGAGGGCGCGCGCCGCCGCCCGCCUGGCCCGCAUUGUCUCAGCUCCAUAGCAACUCGGCGGCGUCGGCGUGCGCCCCGGCUCCCGCUCCCGGGGAGAGACGGGCGCUGCCGGGCGAUGGCGCCCUGACGGCCCCGCGCGGGCGCCGGGCGCGGGCAACGGCGGCGGCAUGGCCCCGAGGCGGCUCACCGCGGAGCCACCAGAUAUUACAGAAGAAGGAUUUGAAGAUUCUUUGGCAACAGAUGAUUUCCUUGUGGACUACUUUAAUGAAUUCCUAAGCCUUCCAACCUUUUCAGAGGCAAUUAGAUUUAACGUGGAUUUUGGAGUUUUUGAAAUAGUUAACAAUGCUCCACAACUUCUGGAAAAGCAACUGAAAAAAAUUCUACAAAACCAGCAACCUCGAAAUCCCAUCUAUGAUGUUGUAAGGAAAGGAAAGAAUGAUGUUAAACCUGUUCAGAUGAAUGCCCCCUAUGAAGAUGAAACCAUUAAUAUAAACUACAAUAUCAUGUGUCUCAGUCGUGAAGAAGGUAUUGAGUGGAUCAAAAAAGAAAGACUUCCAGCAUUUCUGGAAAGCGAUUGUUACUUUGAAUACAGAUUAGCCAAAUUGGUCUCACAAGUAAGAUGGAGUGUAUCAGGCAUGAACAUCACAUUCAAUGCAGAUUUUUCCCCCUGGGUCCUGAAAAAACCAGCCAGUCUACCACCACCUGUUGUUGAUGAAGAGAAUGUUAUCAUCAUGAAAAAGUUCUACAUUUCUCUUGGCGAGGCCUCCUAUACUCAAACAAAAGAUUGGUUUGCAUUAGCCAAACAGAGUCUUCAAACAGCAUCGACGUUUUCAUUGCCAUCUUGUGUAGUCCACAGCAAACGUGAAACACCGGUUGUUUCAUCUGUUUCUGACAGCUUUAUCUUUGAUGAUGGAAUUCACCCGAGGAUAAAAAGGGACUCAUCUGAAACCAUUAGAUUAACUUCUCAUUUUGAAGAAGAAGAAGAAGAAGACAUUGGGUCCAUCUCUCUACAAGACACUCCUUCUCAAGCCCUUCUGAGAAUAUACCUUGAGAGGCAACAGGAUGCUGAUGAAAGCCUUAUAUUGAAUUUCUCAACAUGGGAAGAAUUUUUAAGAUCUUAUGUAACCUUUAUAUUGAGAGUAGCAAUUCAUCAAAUUUUUGAUGAGCCACUGAUGGAAAGCCCAGAUUAUAUAAAUUUCAACAAGGUAACAGAAGUGGUGCUUGAGGAGGGUUUUGAGCCUAUCCCUGGCAGGAAUGUUUUGUUAAGUGAAACAUUUCAAAUCACAAGUGAAAAGUCAGAAGAGAUGUUAGAACAAGCAAGUUCAAAGAGUGAGAGCAUUGGACCAGAAACCAGGGCUGAUUGGUGUAUGUCUCACAAAGCUUACGAUAUUGGCAAUAGAAAGGAGUUUGAAAGAUUUAAGAAAUUUAUAAAAGAUACAUUAGGAGAGAGAUAUUGGUCAUUAUGGAUGGAUAUUGAGAGGUUGAAAGUCCUUAAGGACCCCAGAAGACAUCAAAGACAUCUUGAGAAGAUGAAAAAAUGCUAUCUAGUAAGCAAUGGAGAUUGCUACCUUUCUGCAGAAAUAUUAUCAAAAUUUAAACUGCUAGACGCAUCUCAGUGGAAUGAAGAACACUUAAGAAAUAUUCAGGCUGAGGUUGUAAAACCCUUACUUCUAUAUUGGGCACCAAGAUUCUGUGUUACUCAUUCAUCCUCAGCAAAACAUGCUGGUGCUGAACUGAAAUUCUGGCACCUCCGUCAGGAGAAACCAAGGAAGGAUGUUGACCCAUUUCCACAAAUGGCAACCCUCUUGCCAUUAAGACCUCAAUCUUGCAUUCCACAGAUACCUGUUAUGCAGAAAGAAGAAUCCAGUUUAUUACAAAGUCCUAAAUCUCCCAAGAAACCACCUCGAGUAAAAACAGCAGUUCAAAAACCUUGGAGGAGCAAGUCUUUGUAUCUAAUUUCUUCGAAGGAUGAUGUGAUUGAGAAAGGGUUGAGGCGCAGGUCGGAAAGCAGCAAAAUUAUUCGCUUAACAUCUUUUACUGACAUUUCUGAAUGUCUGAAGCCCCAGCUGGAUAGAAGAUACACCUACACAGAAGAACCUUUGGUUAAAACCAUGGCAGAUAGUGCCUUGGGAGGAUUUGACAUGGAAAAUUUGUUGCAGACUUUGUAUGUAGAAAAUAGAGCUGGAUUCUUCUUUACUAAAUUCUGUGAACAUUCAGGAAACAAGUUGUGGAAGAACAGUGUGUACUUUUGGUUUGACCUACAGGCUUAUCAUCAGCUUUUCUACCAAGAAACACUUCACCCUUUUAAAGUAUGCAAACAAGCUCAAUAUCUUUUUGCCACAUACAUUGCUCCUUCGGCUACUCUUGACAUUGGACUCCAACAGGAAAAGAAAAAAGAAAUCUAUAUGAAAAUACAGCCACCAUUUGAAGACCUUUUUGACAAAGCAGAAGAAUAUAUCCUUCUCCUCCUUCUUGAGCCCUGGACAAAGAUGGUAAAAUUAGACCAAGUUGCUUUUGGAAAGGUGGGGCUGAUGGAAGAAACUCGACAGCUAGAUUCCACAUACUUCAGAAAGCUACAGGCUUUGCAUAAAGAGACGUUUUCCAAGAAAACUGAGGACACUACUGGUGAAAUUGGAACUGGUAUUUCACGGCUUCCUGAGGUCUCUAAAAAAACAGAAUACUGGAAUAAUGUUCCUGAAGAAUAUAAGCACUUUAAUUUUAAUGACCUGCUUAACAACAGACUGGAGUUUGAACAUUUCCGUCAGUUUCUUGAGGCUCAUUCUUCAAGUAUGGACCUUAUGUGCUGGACAGACAUUGAACAGUUCCGAAGAAUAGUUUAUGGAGACCGAACGCAAAGGGAAGCAAAAUCUAUAUAUAUUAAAAACAAAUACCUUAAUAAAAAAUAUUUCUUUGGCCCCCAAAGUCCAGCUUCUCUAUAUCAGCAGGACCAGAUAAUGAAUUUAAGUGGUGGCUGGGGAAAGAUGCUCCAUGAGCAGCUAGAUGCACCUGUUCUACUUGAAGUUCAGAAGCAUGUCCUCAAUAAGCUAGAAAACAUGUGGUUGCCAUUGUUUCUUGCAAGUGAACAGUUUGCAGCACGUCAAAAGAUAAAGGUACAGAUGAGAGACAUAGCCGAAGAGCUCUUGUUACAGAAGCAUGAAAGGAAAAUCGGGGUCUGGAAGCCUGUGGAGAGUAAGUGGAUAUCUUCAUCUUGUGAAAUCAUUGCAUUUCGUAAAGCAUUAUUGAAUCCAAUUACUGCAAGACAAUUUCAACGGUUUGUGGCUUUAAAAGGAGAUUUAUUGGAAAAUGGUGUACUCUUUUGGCAAGAAGUACAAAAAUAUAAGGACUUGUGCCAUUCUCAUUGUGAUCAGUCCAUCAUUCACAAGAAGAUCAUGACUAUUAUCAACUGCUUUAUUAAUUCUAGUAUUCCACCAGCUUUACAAAUUGACAUUCCAAUAGAGCAAGCCCAGAAGAUUAUUGAACAUAGGAAGGAGUUAGGACCAUAUGUGUUUAGGGAGGCACAGAUGACAAUUUUUGGGGUUCUAUUUAAAUUUUGGCCUCAAUUUUGUGAGUUUAGGAAGAAUUUAACUGAUGAAAAAAUUAUGAGUGUUUUAGAGAGAAGACAAGAAUAUAAUAAGCAGAAAAAAAAAUUGGCAGUCAUAGAAGAUGAAAAAUUUGCAAAGGAUGGACUCAAACAAUAUGCAAGUUCUUCAGGAUCUGCUAUCAAAACAGUUACUCUAGCCACUGACCCAGUUUUAGGCAUACAAGCAUAUGGUCGACAGCCAACCUGGUGCUACUCCAAGUACAUAGAAGCCUUAGAACAGGAAAGGGUUCUUCUUAAAAUUCAAGAAGAGCUGGAAAAAAAGUUAUUUACAGCUACACCAUCUUUUACAAAUUUUAAGUCUCCUGCUUCAGCCAUGUCUUUGAAAAAGACCAUAUCUUCCCACAACAUCCAGAAGAGAAAGGAGAAAGUGUCAGAAAUGAUGCGGGAGCAUGAACUUCACCAGCUGUAGGCCUUGGGACGCCGACGCUCUAAAGACUGUGACCUGGAUUACCGGAUGGGAAGCAACAGACUUCCUCUCUCUCAGAACCCGAGAGUAUUUUCAAAGUAGAAAUUGCUAUUCCUGAUUCUCUAAAGAGUUUUGAAGAAACAUUUUAAAGGGGGGAAGCAUCAGGAGGCACGCUUCAGAUAGAGAUUUUCUUCUAAAGCGGUGGUUUGGACACUUGUUACAGCUUGGAAGCCCUGUGGUUUCCACACCCUGGGGUGGCCGUGAAGCGUGUAACAUUUCUAUGCUUUGCACUUGAUCUUUGUUUCUUUCUUUUCUUUUUUUCCUUUCCUUUCCUUUCCUUUCUCUUCCUUCCUCCCUUCCUUCCUCCCUCCCUCCCUCCCUCCCUUCCUUCCUUUUUUCUCUUUUUUUCUUUUUGGUAUUCUACUCUUUCUCUGCCUUCCUUUGGUUUUAAUUGAACAUUUUAUAGGAUUCCAUUUUCUCUCCUCUCUUAGCACGUCAAUUAUACUUCUUUUUUUUAAGUAGUUGCCCCAGAGUUUGCAGUAUACAUUUACAACUAAUAAAAGCCUGCUUUCAAGUACUACUGUACCACUUCGUAGGUGGUGCAGGUGCCUUAGAUCAGAGCAUGUCCUCUUGCUCCCUCCUGUCCCUUAUCACUUUGCUGUCAGUUCAUUUCACUUGUCCCUAAGCUAUAAUCACUGAAUACAUUCUUGCUAUUAUUAUUUUAAACUGUUUUCUGUUAGGUCAAUUAAGAAUAAGAAAAAUAAAACAUUAUUGCCCCUUCAUUUAUUCCUUCUUUAAUGCUCUUCCCUUCUUUAUGUAGAUCCAAGUUUCUGACCUAUUAUCAUUUUCCUUCUCUCUGAAGAACUUCUUUCAUCAUUUCUUGUAAGGUGGGUCUACUGGAGACAAAUUCCCUCAAUUUUUGUAUGCCUUGUAAAGUCUUUAUUUCUCCUUCACUUUUUUUUUUAAAGAUUUUAUUUAUUUAUUUAUUUAUUUAUUUGAGAGAGAGAGAGAGAGAAAAACAGCAUGAGAGGGGAUAGGGUCCGCUGAGCCGGGAGCCCGAUGCGGGACUCGAUCCCGGGACUCUGGGAUCAUGACCUGAGCCGAAGGCAGUCGCUUAACCAACUGAGCCACCCAGGCGCCCUCUCCUUCACUUUUGAAGGGUAAUUUCACCGUAUACAGAAUUCUAGGUUAGUGGUUUUAUUCUUGCAACACUUCAUAUAUUUCACUCCACUCUCCCCGGGCUUGCAUGUUUUCAGAAAACAAACAGGGUUCUGGAGGGGAGGGGGGAGGGAGGAUGGGUUAGCCUGGUGGUGGGUAUUGAGGAGGGCACAUUCUGCAUGGAGCACUGGGUGUUAUGCACAAACAAUGAAUCAUGGAACACUUUAUCUAAAACUAAUGAUGUAAUGUAUGGGGAUUAACAUAAGAAAAAAAAAAAAAAGAAGAGAAACCAAAGAGAGUUCUUAUCUUGUUCCCCUGGCUUCUUUCAAGAUUCUCUUUGUGACUUUGUGCAAUUCAAAUAUAGUAUGUCUAGGUGUAGAUUUUAUGGUAUGCAUCCUGCUUAUGUUCUCUGAGUUUCCUAGAUCAGUGGUUUGGUGUCUGUCAUUAAUUUUGGAAAAUUUGCAGUCAUUAUGACUUCAAAUGUUGCUUCCGUUCCUUAUCUUUCUUCUUCCGGUAUUUCCACUAUGCACAUGUAGCACCUUUUGUAAGUGUCCCAAGUUCUUGGAUAUUCUGUUAUUUUCCACUUUUUUUUUCUCUUUGCAUUUCAGUUUUGGAAUUUUCUAUUGACCUUUCUUCAGGCUCACUGAUUCUUUCCGUAGCUAUGUCUAGUCUGUUGGGAAGCCCAUCAAAGGCAUUCUUCAUUUACAUUACAAUGUUUUUAGUUUCUAGUAUUUCAUUUAGAUUUUAUCUUAGAACUUCCAUCUUUGCUUAUAUGACCCAUCUGCUCUGACAUCCAGUUUUUUAGUAGAUCUCUUAACAUAAUCAUUUUACAUUUCUGGUCUGAUAAUUUCAAAAUCUCUGCCAUAUCUGAGUCUGGUUCAGAGGCUUGCUUUAUCUUUUCAGACUGUUUUUUUUUUGUUGUUGUUGUUUCCUUGUCUUUUAGCAUGCUUUGUAAUAUUUUAUAGAAAACAAGACAUGAUAAAAGGAACUGAGGUUAUAUGGGCCUUUAGUGUGAGGUUUUAUGUUUAUCUGGCUAGGCAUUAGGCUAUAUUUACUGUUUGCUGUGGCUGUGGGGUUAUAGGCUGAAAUUUCCCAUAUGUCCUUGUUUUUGUCUCCUCUGUUGUUUUGGGUUUUCCUGGAGACUCCUUAAUAGGUCCUGAGGCUUGCAGUUCUUUUAGCUGCAAUCACAGUUAUUACACCAGAACCCUGUUGAUGUGGUAAAGUGUAGGAGGAGGGGAAGUGUUUUACAUUCUGAUGGUUAUAUGUCAGUCUUCCGGUGAGACUGAGUUCAGUAUUUCCCUUCCCCCAGGUCAUUUAGGCUUUAGUAAAACCCCAGUCCAUUAGGAUCUGGUAAAAUAGUUUCUCUUGAGGGCAGGCCUUGUUAGGAAGAGAACUCUGGGUGUAUUCCAAAAUGUUUUCUUUACCACUCCCCCGACCAGAAGCAGAGGGGAUUUUUUUCUCUGAUCUUUACAGUGAAAACCUGGUGGAGCUACUGGAAGUAAAACCCAAGAAUGUGGACUGCCCCCCCCCCCCCCCCCCCCCGCAAAGACAGGGCCCCUCUCAAGCUGGUCUGCCCUGAGCCUGGAGCAAGUCACCAUUUACAACAAAGAAUUUCUCCCAAAAUUAACUCCAGCUGCCGGCUUCUGCUCCUGGUAAGCUCUGAUUCUCUGUAUCUGCCUGUCUUCCUCUCCAGCUUUAAGGGCAGCGGUUUGCCCUCUUACCACAGUUCUUUGAAGGAUCCAAAGAGAAUUGUUGAUUUUCGGUUUGUUCAGCUUUUUUCUUGUUGAAGACAGUAGUGAUGACUUCUAAGCUCUUUAACACGUUGGAUGGGACCCUCGAGUUUGACACCAGUAUUUCAAAAUAUUCUGUAGUCAGUUUUAUUUUUAAGAUAAAACUAAGAAAAGUUAAAUUAUUUACGUUUGUAUUGUGUUAUACAUAUAUAUAUUAAAUUGAUGGCAAUUUUUAUAUUAUAAAUAUUUACAUGCUCAUUUUGGCCUACUCUCAAAGCAUCCUCCAGCAUGCGCUAGUCUCAACUUUUUAGCACUAGAGACAAUUUCAUUAUAUUAGCAUGCUCAGGAAGUAUCUUCCGACUGUGCUUCUACUGAUUCUUCUUAACAUCUCUUCAUUCAUCUCCUCCUUCUCCCAAGCCUAUUGGAUGACUGCCUUGUUCCAGAUUCUUAUCACCUUGAAUCUGAGUCCUAAUUAGUAUCUCUCUCUUCUGCCUGACCAUCCUCCAACUGUGCUCAGUGAUUUUUUUAUAAAAUCAUACCUUCUUAUGACAUUACUUUGCCUAAAUCCUUCGUUAAGAUGGUCAGUGGGGCACCUGGGUGGUUUAGUCGGUUAAGUGUCUGAUUCUUGAUUUUGGCUCAGGUCAUGAUCUCCUCAUACUCAGUGGGGAGUCUGCUUGGGACUCUCUCCGUUUCCCUCUGCCCCUCCUCUCUCUCUAAUAAAUAAAUAAAUAAAUAAAUAAAUAAAUCUUUUAAAAAAAGAUGACCUGUUAGUGAUAGUUCUCUUUUUUUUUUUUUUUUUUUUUGAGAGAGAGAGAGACAGUGUGUGUGCAAGGAGGGGAGAAGGGCAGAAGGAGAGGGAGAGAGAGAAUCUUAAGCAGGCUCUGACUCUGAGAUCAUGACCCAAGCCAAAAUCAAGAGUUGGAUGUUUAACCAACUGAGCCACCCAGGUGCCCCAAGAAAUUCUUUACUUAGCAUGACAUAUGUGUAAGUCCCUUCUGUCUUCUGAUAUAAAUAUUCAGAUCAGGCAUUUGUUUUUCUGGGAAGCUAUCUUUGAUAUUCUUCUCUUACCCUAGACCACACCCCCCCCGCCAACAACUACAGAAAUUAUCACUCCCGCUUCUGUCUUACCACUCUGUGGCUGAUUUAUUCCUCUAUAAUAACCCUUGUCAUAUGGAUUGUAAUUUUUUGUUCACAUGCCUGUUUCCCCAAUAAAGCUGUUAUUUGAACUUUC